GGCUGGGUAGUCAUGAGGGCCAGCUUGGCUUGGACGCCCUUGUCACACUCCGCUCGUGGCACCAGUCAGGGCUUCAGAAGAGGAGAGGGGACAGUGUGAGAGGGGUGAUGCCGUAGAUGGGAACAAAGUUUGGAGGCAGAGUCGGUACAGAGACGCACAGCGACAGAUACAGUGUACAGAGGCUGUAGAGGCCAAGAGGAGAUAGAGAUAACACGAACAGAGGAGCAGCGGCCGCAGAGAAACACUUUGUGUCCUUUCGCAGAGCAUGUGGGCAGAGUGCUCAUGGAUUUAGUCGACCUCUACCUCCCAGAGUGCUUCACCUACCACUCUGACGCAGAACACCUGGGCAGGAUGUCGGUGCGGGGCCUGGACCCCACCUGUGCCUCCUCUAUAAAGCGUGAGCCGUCCAGCCCCAGCUCCCAGGGGGACGUCAGCCCGGCGCAGCCCAGCCCCGGGAGCUCCUCCUCGGACACAAAUUCCAGCUACGGCCUCCUGACGAAGGGCCACAACCACAGCAAUGGGCUGGACUCGCCGGGCCUGUACGGCCACGCGGCCGGGUUGGCCUCCAGCGGAGACACAAACAGGAGGUUCGGGGACGACGAAGGCCCGGUGAAGUGUGAGUUCAUGCUGGGCUCGGUGGCCAAGCGGGUGUGUCUGGUGUGCGGCGACGUGGCCUCGGGCUACCACUACGGCGUGGCCUCCUGUGAGGCCUGCAAGGCCUUCUUCAAGAGGACCAUUCAGGGUAACAUUGAAUACAGCUGCCCAGCCUCCAACGAAUGUGAAAUCACCAAGAGAAGAAGGAAAUCGUGCCAGGCGUGUCGAUUUGUGAAAUGCCUGGCCGUGGGCAUGUUGAGAGAAGGUGUGCGCCUGGACCGAGUGCGAGGCGGCAGACAGAAGUACAAGAGGAGGAUAGACGCCGAGAACAGCCCGUAUCUGCACCCACAGAAUGCCAUGCCCCUGAAAAAGACAUUUUCUGCGGGGGGCGUGGUGGAGAACAAGGUGGUGUCUCUGCUGCUGGUGGCCGAACCCGAGGGGAUCUUCGCCAUGCCGGACCCCACCGUGCCCGAGAGCGACAUCAAGGCCCUGACCACGCUGUGCGACCUGGCCGACCGCGAGCUGGUGGUCAACAUCGGCUGGGCCAAACACAUCCCAGGAUUCCCUUCGCUCUCCCUUGCCGACCAGAUGAGUCUCCUGCAGAGCGGCUGGAUGGAGAUCCUGAUUCUCCGAGUGGUGUUUCGCUCGCUGGCCCUGGAGGACAAGCUGGUGUAUGCGGAGGACUACGUCAUGGACGAAGACCAGUCGAAGCUGGCGGGGCUGCUUGACCUCAACAACGCCAUCCUGCAGCUGGUGAAGAAGUAUAAAACCAUGGGCCUGGAGAAGGAGGAGUUUGUGGUCCUCAAGGCCAUCGCACUCGCAAACUCAGACUCCAUGCAGAUUGAAGACUCGGAGGCUGUUCAGAGACUCCAGGAUGUUCUCCACGGAGCCCUCCAGGACUAUGAGGUCACCCACCACCCGGAGGACCCUCGGCGGGCCGGGAAGCUGAUCAUGACCCUCCCUCUCCUGCGUCAGACGGCCGCUCGGGCCGUGCAGCACUUCUGCAGCAUCAAACAGGACGGCCGCGUGCCUAUGCACAAACUUUUCCUGGAACUGCUGGAGGCCAAGGCCUGAUUGAGACACAGACAGCGAUGCCUCCUGGACCCCGGCGCCGAGGCUCAGAUGGGACUAAAUGAAGACUAACGGGUAACGGUGAGGCAUGACACCAUGUAUUUGUCCAUAUUCAGCUCGCAUUUGACAAUAAAACGUGGAAUCCGCAAUGGGCCGGGAGACGGUCGGAACAGUCGCGCAUCCUCACUCCCCACGGCGCUUCGGGAAAAGCAGUCAAAUCCGCAUUUAGCGUCUCGACGCCACGGACGUUGCCGCGUUCGCUGUCUGUUACACUCGCGCCCGUCGACCACCUCGGAAGCCGGAGACGGACGAGCAGAAGAAGAAAAAACGCCUUCUAGAUAUAUAUACAGUUACAUGCCAAACGUAGAGCUUCUUUGUUAAUACGCCACCUGAUACUUGAAAAUCCUCUCGGAUUAAUUCAUCCAUCUUGAAGCCUGCAUUUUAGUGCAUUUAUUAAGACUUUAUUGUCCUUUUUGUAUAGAGAGUAAAAUAGUGGUAGAAAACGUAAACGUGUCCUAAGAGGUAUAGUAAGUCUUGCCAAAGAGUAAAGACACAUAUUACUGAGUAAUACCAGCAAACGUCCACGACACAUGCAUAUAUAAUGUGGCCUGUAAGUCAUUCACAUAAUCUGCGUCCCUGCUCUGUUGUGUGUUGCAAAAAUAUCUAUGUAUAGCAGGAGGUUAAAGGGAAGCAAUCAGCACCUCAUCAGACAAAUACUGGGCCUCCUUAUUUUAGCAGAGACUUUCAGGGAGGCGUCAGAGUGAUAUUUAUUUAAAUGUGGCUCUUUUCUUUUGGUGUUUUUCUUUUGUUACUAACAUGAAGAGUAGAUUAAAGCAAUUACAGUGGCUAAUAAUUUUUUAAAGAUUUUUAACUGAUAUCAUUGUAAGAUAAUUUUAUACUAGCUUCUCUGCUCCAGCACUGAUAACUAUGUAUAUCAUAUCAUGCAACUGAUUAUAAAUGGAGUCUGUACUUGAAGAUCAUGAUGUUGUAGAGCUGCGUAGACCCAUAGAUAUAACUUUAACUACUGUUUGUGUAUAAUCUGGAUUAGGGAGCUGCUUGAUGUCCUUUCUGGUAAAAGUCGAUGUCUAGGAUGAAAUCUGUGCACUACUUUUGCUUGUAGCCAUACGUUUGUAGGGAAUCUGGUGGUGGCGCUCUGUUGAUCUGUUUCUUUGUUUUGUGUGAAGAGUAGUUCUGUGGGAAAUCUGUCUUUUUUUUUUAUCCGCACACGUCGAAUGAAGGGAGGAAACCAAUGAGGUGAGGAGGAAUCUCAGUGCAUCAAACAAAAAGCUGUGUUCCUUAUUUUACUUAAUGCAAAGUACUGUGACACUAUAACAUGCAUAUCUUUUCGAUAAGACGAUGGCAGCAAUAUGACGGUUUAAAUGUAUGUCCUGUACAUUUCUAUGUAUAUACGUCACGUCUUAUGCCAACACAGAUGUUUAAGAUGCAAAUAAGCUUUGUUUGGAUGAGCUGUGCCGUGCUGUUUCUUUCUCAGGUGGAUUCUUGGGCAAUAAAGAUGAUCCCCUUAAUGCAAAAGUC